ACCUCUUGAUGCCUUGAUGUCUGUUUUGAAGAUGGGGAAGUACUGGAAAGUACUAUUGUCUGCAGUGUAUUACCAGUUUUCACAAAUGUCUAAGAAGUUACAGUUAAGAUGGAGCGGAAAGAAAAGUCUGGUUCAGGCAGCUCAGCUCUAGGCCUCGGGGUACCUGGACCAGAAACCUUAUCUAGGAAACAGCUUUGAAAAGGAAAACCCUUGUCCUGGAGUAGAGCAACUAAGACCCGCCCACCACUGCAGGUCGCCCCGCCUCCCGCCAUCCAGUCCCGCCCCCGCCGCCGCGCCAACGGUGACCAUAGCAACGCGGUGGACGUCCGCCAACCGCCAGGCCAGGUCUGGGAGGAGCCGAGAGCGCAUGUCACAUGACUCCGUGGGCGGAGCUUGUGCGGGGACGGCCAGAGCGUGUCCCCAGCCUCCGCCGCCUAGGCCAGAGUCGUGAGGAACGGAGCGGAGGCAGCUGCGAGGCCGCGGGUGCCCGCCGGGUGUGCUGAGCCGCCGCCAUGGGCAUCAAGUUUUUAGAAGUUAUUAAACCUUUCUGUGCAGUUCUACCAGAAAUUCAGAAGCCUGAAAGGAAAAUUCAGUUUAGAGAGAAGGUACUGUGGACUGCUAUAACACUCUUCAUUUUCUUAGUAUGCUGUCAGAUUCCGCUGUUUGGGAUCAUGUCAUCGGACUCUGCAGAUCCCUUCUACUGGAUGAGAGUUAUUCUUGCAUCCAACAGAGGAACAUUGAUGGAAUUGGGUAUUUCCCCAAUUGUAACGUCUGGUUUGAUUAUGCAGUUGUUAGCUGGAGCCAAAAUCAUUGAAGUUGGAGAUACACCCAAAGAUAGAGCUCUGUUCAAUGGAGCCCAGAAACUAUUUGGUAUGAUCAUUACCAUUGGGCAAGCCAUUGUGUAUGUCAUGACUGGGAUGUACGGGGACCCUGCGGAAAUGGGUGCUGGGAUCUGUCUCCUUAUCAUUAUACAGUUGUUUGUUGCUGGUUUGAUUGUGCUGCUGUUAGAUGAGCUGCUACAGAAGGGUUACGGCUUGGGGUCUGGGAUUUCCCUCUUUAUUGCCACCAACAUCUGUGAAACCAUUGUCUGGAAGGCCUUUAGUCCCACUACCAUUAACACUGGCAGAGGUACGGAGUUUGAAGGAGCAGUCAUAGCUCUGUUUCAUUUGCUGGCUACCAGGACAGACAAGGUCCGAGCCUUGAGGGAGGCUUUCUAUAGGCAGAACCUCCCCAACCUCAUGAACCUCAUCGCCACAGUUUUCGUGUUUGCUGUCGUCAUCUAUUUCCAGGGCUUUCGUGUUGACUUGCCCAUUAAGUCGGCACGGUAUCGUGGACAGUACAGUAGCUAUCCUAUCAAGCUCUUCUACACGUCGAAUAUUCCCAUAAUCCUCCAGUCUGCCCUAGUUUCAAACUUGUACGUCAUUUCCCAGAUGCUGUCUGUUCGAUUUAGUGGCAACUUCUUAGUAAACUUGCUAGGACAGUGGGCCGAUGUCAGUGGGGGAGGGCCUGCUCGCUCCUACCCUGUUGGUGGCCUUUGUUACUAUCUGUCUCCUCCUGAGUCUAUGGGAGCCAUAUUUGAGGAUCCUGUUCAUGUAGUUGUAUAUAUUAUCUUCAUGUUGGGGUCAUGUGCAUUCUUUUCUAAGACGUGGAUAGAAGUUUCUGGUUCUUCAGCCAAAGAUGUGGCCAAGCAACUUAAAGAACAGCAGAUGGUGAUGAGGGGUCACAGAGAUACCUCCAUGGUCCAUGAGCUGAACAGGUACAUCCCCACAGCAGCUGCCUUUGGGGGUCUGUGCAUCGGUGCCCUGUCAGUACUAGCAGACUUCCUUGGGGCCAUUGGCUCUGGUACUGGAAUUCUGCUUGCAGUCACUAUUAUUUAUCAGUAUUUUGAAAUAUUUGUUAAGGAACAGGCUGAAGUUGGUGGAAUGGGUGCUUUGUUUUUCUAAAUGUUCAUCUAUUUCUUUGUGUGUAUGAAAGGGAAAAUAUUUUGACAUACUGUUUCUGUCAAAUCAUGCUGGUUCCCCUUUCUUCCCUGUUUGUUGUUUUCAGUGCUAAGUGUCCCGUUUCUGAAAUGGGACAGAGCUAAGCCUGUGUGCAGCACUAGUGCCAGCUGCCUUAAACUGAAGUUUACAUUAUCUGUUGACACUGUCCAUCUAGUGUUAGCCAUGACACACGCUGGGAAGCAGUGUAUCUGCCUCGCUGUUGCUCAGACAGCAAGACAGUGAUGUGGAUUAGCUUUGCACACAACAUUCAGAACACUGAAUAUUCCCUUGUUUAAAAAUAAGUGCAGUGCAGAUUGCCACUUUCCAGUAUUUUGAGCUUCCCUAAUGAGUUAUGGAGCAUUUAUAUCUAAUGUAUAUUUUAGAUAAUUUUUAUACUUUUUUAACUCAUCAGAUCCACCUUCCCGCCCUCACCUGCCUCACCCCUACUUGAUUCAUCCUAUCCCCAAACUGCCACUCAGCCUGGAUGGGCAAAAAUCAAGCAUUGAAGUUAUUUCUGUCACUGGACACAAUUGCUUCUAAUUCCCUUUUCUGCUUUUCAUUUGUCCUCUUUUCCUGGUGACAGCUACGAGUGCUGUCCAGCUGUAUUGGCCAUGCCUUCUACUCCAAUGCCCCCAAGUAUUUUUCUCCCUCCCCUCGUCCCCCAAGCAAGAUCCAGUUCUCAAGCAGUGUCUGUAGUUGAGUGGAAGUGAGCAAUGAGUAUUCAUACUAGGACUUCAUGUCUGUGAUAUGCAUAGCAGGACCCAAGUGUAAACAGUAGACAAUAAACUUUAUUUAAGAAAACUGUUGCAGUUGUGAUGAACAAUAAAGCGAUUCCUAUUAAGUG